AUGACCUUCCAAACGCUCAAUAUUAAUUUCCGCUUUUUGACGAACUCUGCGAGGCCAGCUCGAGAUGAAUCCCUCCGAUUUCAGAUCCUGGCACAUUUUCAGAGCUUGGAUCUGGAAUACGAGACGAUCGUCAAUGGCACGGAUCCUGACGCUCAAAUAAUCGUCGAGGUUGUGCUCCAAUUCGCAAUCUUGAGAAGAGGUUCAUCCUGGGAGUGGUUGUCGACGCAAGUCUGGAUUCGCCCAUUCAAAGAUUCCGUUCACGCCCUUGGAAAAGAGCCGCAGAACACACGGAUUGCAGCCUUUUCUCCCUCUUCAGCUGGACAGGCUGCCGUCACACCAAUGAGAGCGAGCGAGCAACCGAGAACCCUCCACCAAGCGGAAGGGAUUCUAAACUUAGCUCUCGUGUGCUCACCGAACUUUCUGGCAGGCUGUUUCAACCUUCGAAAAUCAUCAUUUUGCAGGCCGAUUGUGAGUCGUGAGCAAUCCUUGCAGAUGCUAGGCACUCGACGCGGCUCCAUGGACCAAAACGAACCCGUCAAGUCGGCAGGUCGGGAGCUGGUGCCGGGGAAAAAGACAUCUGGCGGCAAGGCAAUGCGUGUCUGGUGCUCUGCCGUUGAAAGGGAAUAUUAUCAUCAUCCAGCGCAUGAGAAUUACAGCGGUAAUCAGAAGAAGACCGGUUUGUUAUGUAUGAAUUUUCCGUCAGUAUAUAAGGCCGCCGUUGGCCCGCGUGGUCGACGUUGUGCCAGCCUGGAUCUAUAUCCCAUUCACACCAACGGCAACACACCGGUUAUCCUUGCCAUCAACUAUCCUACAGAGCGCAUUAAAGGCCUCUACCAGACCUUCAAAGAAUCGAAAACCAUGGAGAACGGCCCUGUUUCACUCGGCCUGCGCGGUGUCCAGGCCGUGUUCGGCAUCAUCGUCCUCGGUCUCACAGCAUAUAUCGCAUCCGAGCUGAGCUUCUUCACUUCCGAUAUUAUCAACUUCAUGAUCUUCAACGGCGUCUGGACCGCUUUCAUCGUCGUUCCCUACAUGAUCCUCGCUCCCAUGUUCUUCCCCAUCGCCGCCCACCUCUAUGCUAUCAUCGCCGUCGAUGCCGUCACAAUGAUCUUUUGGUUUGCCGGCUUCAUCGCUCUCGCUGCCAGAAUUCCCACCAACAGCGAUUGUAAUGGUAAUCCUAUCUGCGGUUCUUACAAGGCUGCGACUGCGUUUGGCGCUUUCGAAUGGGCUUUGUUCGUCGCCACUCUCGUUCUCGUGGUUCUUCCCGUUGUUCGGAACCGUGGAGGCCCAAAGCCAAACGAGGGCGUGGCACCGGCUGUCUAA